AUGGCUCAAUCGAAGCCAGGGGACACCAUUAACUACAGCAUGUCUCAGGGCUACCUCCCGGUCGAGAACUCUGCUGUUAACAAGGACUUUGGCCUAGAAUUUCCUGGAAACCAAUACGAUUUUGAAGCUCAACAUCAAACAGCAUCGGACGACGGAAGCGCACAAUGGACUUCUGAUAGUGGCAUCACCGUGUUCAACUUUCCCGAAGACUGGGCCCCAGAAACAGAAGGCAGUGAUCUGGAUGAUGUUUUUGGAUACGGAAACAACAACGUUCAGCAUCAACAUAGCGCCACCCGAAGGGCUGAACAAGCACUUGAGCAACUGGUAGCUCAGCGUGUCCCAUACAUACCAGAUCCGCCUUAUCAGUUAUUCCAAAAGCCUACCAGCUUUGUGGGUGCCCAGAAAGACGCAUCCGAUGCGCGCGCUCAAGAUUAUCGGGGGUGUGCAACGCUCAAUCCGCAUGAACGCACUCAAACUACUAAAAUUGCGUCAGCGCGAGGUGGUACCUGUGAAUUGGCAUUCCGUAGUCUUGUGGAGGCGAAGAAAGCCAUGCUUUCCCGCCAUCUCGACAAAGCCUGGUUCGCGCCAAUUGGUGACAGUACAAUUCCUACUAACGAUGAAGAACGAGCUACAUAUGUUGCCGAACUGUUGGACGCAAUGAAAGAUACUUCGGCAUGCUCAGACAAGCGCGAGACACCCGCGUUCAUGAGCCGCUGGACUCCUAAUGCUAUUAACGCGCCACAUUCAACACAUAUGGAGAAGGUCUGUUGGCAGCUUGUUGAUGUCGCUGAACGUUUGCACAUCGAUGGUCCAGCGUCGCUUCCGAUCUAUGACAAGCUGGCGCUUGCAAUGGCCCGAAAAUCACGCUAUCUUACCUUUGGACAACGCAUGAGUCAUCUCAGUGCGCUGUUACGAUUAUCCAAGUACCGCUGUUUCUCGCUACUCAAGGGUGAGAAUAUUGAAACUACAGUUGCAUCGCCAGCCCAGCGAUGCUCAGGCACCAUCGUAAACUGUGUACAAAACAGUAAGCGUCAAGAAUUUAUCAAGGAAGGACGACCGGUUUGGAAGGACAAGAACGGUGCAGCCAACAAAAAGAUACAGUCAAUGCCGGUGAACACCGACGAGUAUAUUAGCUCAGAGGUUUCGAGUUUGGACAUCGCAGUGGGCCAAGCGCACACUGAAGAUGCUCGCCAGGAUAUACCAGUCUCUGUGUUUGCUAUCUUCACCCUGGCGAUGUUCCGAGUUCCUCCCAAGCACUGA